GGGGGUGGGGGUAGAGGGGAGAGGGUGUCAGCCCCUGAGGUUUCCUGCCCUCCAGCCCUCUCUCUUCAGAUCUCUGCAGCAGGACAGACUCAGGGUAGACUUAUGGAGGGACUUCCCAGCUAAUCGGGGUUCAGAUCAGUUUGCCUUGGUCCACAGCGGGGGAGGGCACCCUCCAGCCACACUCUGGGAAAAGAGAGGGACUGUUUCGAUAUCAGGUAGAGGGGCAGUUUGGCUUCAAGAAAUAAAGAGUGAAGGAGACAGGCGCAUGGGGCGGGUGGUGGAGAUCAUGGUGAGGGGCGAUGACCAAGAGAGAAAGGCAGCCACCCUGCUUCCGAUUCCCACGGCCGAGGCCCCAGCCUCCACACGGCCCCAGAGGCUCUUUCUACACCCACACCUGACUGUGCCCUCCUUGGCCCUCCGCCCCAAGGCGGAGCCCCAGCCCCUGGGCCUGGCAUUCAAGGUCCUGAUGACCCGGUUCCAAUCUGUUUGCCAGCUUGAUGUUCUGCUCCUAGCCUUACUCCAGCCCCAUCAGAUAUGUCCUCUCUCAAGACCAAGGUUAGCCACGCAGGUGGACAGUCACACCUACGUGGCCAGCCUCCAACAAAAACCCUGGAUGGGCCAGCUGACCGUCAAGGGGAGAGCGUCUGUACGCCGAGCAAGUCCAAGAUGAAUGCCAGAGGACUUGGAUCUCAGCUAAAGGACAGUAUUCCAGUUACUGAGCUGUCAGCAAGUGGACCUUUUGAAAGUCAUGAUCUUCCUCAAAAACAUUUCUCUUGUGUGAAAAAUGAACUUCUGCCCAGUCAUCCUCUUGAAUUAUCAGAAAAAAAUUACUGGCUCAGCCAAGAUAAGAUGAACUUCUCCACACUGAGAAACAUCCAGGGUCUUUUUGCACCACUAAAACUGCAGAUGGAAUUCAAGGCAGUGCAGCAGCGUCUUCCGUUUCUUCCAAGCUCAAACCUUUCACUGGAUAUUUUGAGGGGGAACGAUGAGACUACUGGAUUUGAAGAUAUUCUUAAUGACCCAUCACAAAAUGAACUAAUGGGAGAACCGCAUUUGAUGGUUGAAUAUCAACUUGGCUUACUAUAAUGCUGUGUGCUGUUCAUGGAAGUAGAGGGGCUGUGUCUUGUUAUAGUUGUCUUUUUCUUAUAAUUUGAUGUGCACAACAUUAAAAGUACUAACACAUGAGAAUUGUCGCCUAAAUAUCUGUGAUCAUUUGAAAUUAUUUGGGUCAUUGCUUUAUGUGAUAAUUGAGAGUACUCAAGGGAAUUGGUUUUAAAACUUAUUUAUAUGAAAGCAACAGCUUUCUAGGUCUUUAAAAAAAUGUUACUAAUUAAUAGUAUAAAACUAUGCACGGGUUCCAAAUCAGCCUAUUUCCUAGUUAUUCCAGAAAUUUAACUUUGAGUAGUUUUGAGCCUGCAACCUUUAUAGUAGCAUCUUUCAGAAUAAACAUCUAUAAUUGAUUUCAGUGGCAACAUUUCAAAGUAAGGACAGAACAAGACUAUUAGAUUUUACCUUGUUUCAGUAUAGUCCAUUAAUAUGCAUAAGAAUAACACUGGCUUUGUUGAUACUACUUAAGAAUUAUAGCUAUAUUCUUUGAUUCUUUCAGGUUUUUUGAUUUUGGUCUUAUCUUUAAACUGAAAAACAACCAGGAGAUGUCAGUUUUAAACUAUAGUACUGCAGAGAUUUAUGUAUCACAAGCUACUUAAAUUUAAAAACAUAGAACAUUCAUGGACACACACAUGCUAUCCAUGAACAAAUUCCAUAAUAGUCUGUUUAAAAAUAAAUCUUCCCUAUGGUGGUUUGUUCUUACUAAGGUAUUUUUUAUGAACCUAGUUUACAGAAAUUAAAGAUUAUCUGUUUCUCAGGAAAAAAAAAACCCUGGAUGCCGAGGCUCAGGGCAGCGUCCCUGCUGGGUGACAUUCCAUGCGUGUUGUUUCACGCCUUUGUCGGAGGACCGCGCACUGUCCAUACAGCUCCACUGGGACAGACCUCAUCAAAGCUGGUGCCUGGUCUCUUGUGGAUGCGCCCCCAGGCACCUCUUCCCUUCACCAACUUUAAUUUCUAUCCUUUCUCUGUGCUAAGUCACUUCAGUCGUGUCUGACUUUUUGCAACGCUAUGGACUGUAGCCUGCCAGGCUCCUCUGUCCGUGGGGAUUCUCCAGGCAAGAAUACUGGAGUGGGUUGCCAUUUCCUCCUCCAGGGGAUUGUCCCAAUCCAGGGAUCGAACCUGUGUCUCUCGUGGCUCCGGCAUUGCAGGCAGAUUCUUUACCGCUGAGUCACUGCGGAAGCCCAUCCUCUCACUGUAAUAAGCUAUAACUGUGAUCAUAACAGCUUUGCUGAGCUCUAUGAGUCUUUACAGUGAGUCACUGAGCCUGAAAGCAGUCUUGGGGACCCCUGGAUUGCAAUCCCCACCACUUCUCUGCCACACUCACUUCCUUCCUUGGUGAUCCCAGCAGUCUCCUGGCUUUAAUUCCUCUCUCUAUCUCUAUUUCUUUAUCUUUGUCUGCCUCUGUCUCUCUGUUUCUCUCUGUCUCUAUUUAUGUACACACGCAUCUCGACAGGUUGCAAAUAGAUGUGCCCAGCACACAUCACUCCUGUCAAGCCCAGCUUCAUCUCUCUCACUGUCCACUGGCAUCCUCCACUUGGGUCAGAGCAGAGCCCCACUUCAUCCCCCCAAACCUCUCCUCCCCUUCUCAGUUCAUGGCAGCCCCAUCCUCCCAGUUCCUUACUGGACGUGCCGUCACCCUUGACUCAUGCUCCUCUCACACUCACAUCCAACCUGCCAGCAAAUCUUCCUGGUUCCAGUUUCAGAAUACAUUCCAAACCCAGCCCUUUGGUCUUCACCUCCACGGCCACCACCCUGUUUGCCUCCACGGCCACCUCACACCUGGUCUGUCACCUUCCCUGGUGCUCGGCUUCUGCCCUCGCCCUGAGCAUCUGUUCCCUGCCUUGCAGCCAGAGGGUGCCCGGGAAAACCUAAGUUGGUCCCUGUUUCUCCUUGGCUCAGGGUCCUCCCCUGGCUCCUGUCCCCAUCAGACACAAGCAAACUCCCCACCAAAGCCCGUGCGGCCCUUGCACAUUGUGGCCCUUGUCAAAUCCCUGACCUCAUCUCUACUCCGCUCCCCCUUGCUCACUUAGAUCCAACCACACAGUCCUCCUGGCUGGACCUCAGGCCUGCCCCACCCACCCCAGGGCCUUUGCACCUGCUCAUGCCGCUGCCUGGAACAUUCUUCCACCAUUCCCGACACCCCUGUGGCUCCUCCCCUCACAUCUCGAGUCUUUACUCAAAUGGCAUCGUCUUGCUGAGACCUCCUUUGACCCCUCCCCUAUUUAGAAUUGCAACCCUUACCUCUAACCCCAACCCCCGCCGUCUCCUCCUUCUUGAUGUGAAUUUAUCAUCUUGGAUGUAUUAACUAUUUUCCUUAUUUUUAAAAGGAUGCUUAUAUAAAUUUAUUUGGGAUCCAGGAUCUUAGUCCCCCAACCAGAGAUCAAACCCAUGCCUCCUGCAAUGGAAGCAUAGAAUCCUAACCACUGGACCGCCAGGGAAGCCCCAGUAUUUUCCUUAUCUAUUCCAUCUGUUCUUGGCCUGCCCCCUUUAGAGUGUGGGCUCACAAGGCUGGUGUUCCUGCGCAUGUAUUUGCUGCUCUUCUAGAUCAGGACCAGGCACAUCGUAGCUGCUUAAUCAAUAUAUGCUGAGUUCACCAGAGAGUUAUGCUC